AUGACUGGGAAAAAGAUUCGAGCAUCCCUGAAGAAGGACAAGCUAACGGAUCUACUGGAUAUCAACAUAAUCCGCCCCAAGCGUACGGAUAACAAUGGACGGACAUGGUACCGGCUAUCACUUGCAGUUGCCGAAUGGCUAAUAUUGAACAUUUCUGAGGACAUCAGCAAGCUCAUUCAUCAGACCGACUCACGUAUGAUAUUUGCAGACGAGAUCUUUCAGGCUAUCCGCAAGCAUAUGGAAGGAAUGAAUAUCUACGCGAACAUGAAGAAGUUGGAACGGUGGAAUGAUAUCAAGGUCACCGAUUAUGCGUCAACACUGGAAUUCGUCGAGGACGUCCUCAUUGCGAGCGAAGGACUUGCCAAUCGUGGCAUAGUGAUCCCACCGUACGUGGUCUUAAUGAAAGUUCUCGAUGGCCUAACUGUACGCAACCUGGACCUCAGCAAGCGGGUAUUCAUGGAUUCGCCACUGGAAAACCUGGACCCUUCCAAACUGACGUUGGAAAUCUUCAAUUUCAUCAUUAGAGGUAUCCAGCAUGAACUUUUCUUCGAAGAACGAAUGUCAGUGGAUGGGGACACAAAAGUCGGAUACAGAUUGUGA